AAAACAACGUGCUAAGACAUUCAGUUUGAUUUUAGUUUUUUUUUUUCCCACACAUUAUUAUUGUUAAUUUCUAUUAAAAAUGGUAAUAAUUGAAAAAUCAUUUCCUCGUGGUGGAAUACCAGCCUCAAAGGAAAAAGCAGUGGCCACAAAAACAGAGGGACAGAUCUUUGGUGCUGUUCAAAAGAAAAUAAAAAAAUCCAAAACAAAGUCGUCGAAAAAGCCCUUUGGUGAUGAUGAACAACAAAAUGAUACCUUGGAAUCGUUUUCCGCAGAACUCCUCAACUAUGAAACAAUACAGGAUGGCAUGGUAAUCAUGGGUAUCAUUAAGAAAGUGGAUCAAUUGUAUGUUAGUGUCUCACUGCCAGGACGUCUAACGGCCAGAGUAUCAGCAUUGGAAAUAUCCGAUUCUUACACAAAAAAUACAAAGGAGUUUUUACAAAAUUCUGCCCAAGCUGAAGGCUAUAAACCGCUGAAGGACUUGUAUCGUGUGGGCCAAACUGUCUAUGGGCGUGUGUUGGAGAUUAAGUCAAAUGAAAAGGGUCAUGUUUUGAUCGAUAUGACUUUUAAGCCAAGCGAGGUACAUGCUGAGCUGAAUCAUUCAAAUAUACGCAAGGGAUUUGUGUUCAAUGGUGCUGUCGAGGAGGUCCAGGAGCAUGGUUACAUUAUUGAGUCGGGCAUCAAGGGUUUGCGUUGCUUUUUACCUUUGGAAAAAUCGAAAGAGGGGCAUGGUGUUGGUGAAAUGAUUUAUUUGAAGGUGGACAAAAUUACACUGGAUCAAGCGGCGAGUACUUGCAUUUGUCGUGAAGUAACAGAAGAUAAGUUGAAGGUGAAGGAUCAAACAGAUCCCAGUCUGGAUUAUUUGCUACCAACAACCAUUGUGAAUUUCCAAGUAAGCAAACGCCUUAAGGAUGGUUUAAAGGGAACCGUAAUGAAUGAGCUAUUCACGGCCUAUGUCAAUGAACAUCAUUUGGGCAAUGCCCUGCUGGUGCCAGACGACUAUGAAAUCAAUGAGAAAUAUGAGGCCAGAAUUCUCUAUGUUAUGCCCUUGACAAAAUUGGUGUAUUUGACAUUGAACAUCCAUAGAAAUAAUGAAAUGAAAAAGGAACACAGAACAGAGGAAGAUGAUGAGGAGGCGGAGGAAGAUAAAGACGGCGUGAAUUCCCUGAAAAGAGGUGAUAUUAUUGAGAAUGCCAAGGUCCAUCAUUUGGGUACCGGCGGCGUGGUCUUGGUGUUAAAUGAUCAACAUAAAGGUAUCUUGUCUUACAAGACUAUCAAAGCAAAUUACAAGGGAAACUAUGAUCAGGAUGAAUUGUUGGCUAAAUAUGCCAAGGAUAGCACCCACAAAGUUCGUAUUCUCGAUUAUGAUAUUAUGGACUCGUUGUAUGUGUGUACCGAUGAUACGGCCACAGUGCAAGAGAAAUUCUUUGCCUUGGAUGACUUUCAUCCGGGGGAUUUUGUUACAGCCAAGGUAAGGGAGUUCAAUGAGAAAAUUCAUGGCUACAGUGUCCAGGUGGGAAUGGCAUCGGCAAUUAUUGAAAAAUUAUUCCUGGCCCCAUCCUCAAAGAUUUUGGAACCCAAUACGAAACUGAAAUGUCGCAUUGUUGCUGUGAAUCCUGAAAGGAAAAUGGUUUAUCUAACCAAUCGCCAGGAAUAUCUAUCAAAAUCGUGUAAUUUCUUGAGCAGUUUCAAUGAGGCUCGAAUUAAUGGCAAUUACACGGGCACGAUUGUGAAAUGCGAACACAGCUUUGCUUUGGUGAAAUUCUUUGGCGACGUCAAGGGUAUUUUCUAUCGGCAAAAUGCCCCUGUUGGACAUUUGGAUACCUUGGAAGAGGGACAAACUUUACAAUUUCGUGUGGCCGAUAAGAAGGAUGGCCAGCUAAUAUUGGGCGUUGUCGAGAAUGCCUUUAAAUUGGGUGAAAUUUGUCCGGCAACCAUAGUACAUAAAUUGGAUUCGGCCUUGGAAAUAAAAGUGGCCUAUGCCCCAGAGGAAGAUCAUGACGAUGAGGGUCAAGAAAUUGAAUUUAAGGGUCUCAUACCCAUUAGAUUCUUUUCAAAUUACAAUGAUCUGCUGCUGGCCAAAUUGCAUAUGUACCAAAUUGGUGAACAAACUCAGGCGGCAUGCAUCAACAAUAACAUCUUCAGUGUACGAGAUGUCCAGUACUUUACGCAAAAUUUAACACCCAAUUGGAAAUCCGUAAAUGUGGGGGAUAUUUUAAAGGCCCACGUCAAGGAUGUUAACGAGGAUGUGGUGGAGGUGAAUGUGCCCAUAAAUAAUUAUACUAAAACCGUGAAAUUACAUUUGAACAUGAUGCUGAUGGAUAUCAAGAAUGCAGCCAAGGUUUCCAUUGCCCAAGAUCAGGUUAUUUUUGUUAAAGUUUUGGGCAAAGAAGAUCUAACCAAAACAAUAUCGGUAUCAGCCAAGCUGAUAGAUGUGUGGGACUGUCAAUUGUCGACCACAGCCAAGGCCUUAAAAGAAUAUCUUGAAGAAAUUGACAGCAUUAAGAAGAGCCUGAAAAAGCAAGGCAAUGCUCUUGCCCGUUACUCGGUGGGCGACAAAGUGAAGGCCCAAUUCCAAGGUGUUAAUGAGGCCACCAAUGACUGGGAAUAUGUGGUGGAAAAAACCCAAGUUACAGGCAUUGUCAAAACCAGUAUUGUGGGUAAAGCCAAACCUCCAGCAAGUGGAACAACACAGGAAUGCAUUGUUUUAUGGGUGGACUACAGCAACAAUUUACUUUUCCUAAGCAACAAAUCCGGCGAUACAGAUCACAUACAACCCGGCAAAGAGAUACCACAAAACUUGGUGGGCAAGGGAGGCAUUAAUGCCAAGGUUUUGUUUAAAAACGAAAGUGUUUUUGUUUGCUCUCUCAAGAAGGGUAAACAUCCAUUGGUUUACUGUCCAGCCCAGCUGCAUUUCAAUGAUUUUGAAAAGAGUUGCAGUAACUCGGUAGGCGAAGGAGAUUUCUGUAAGCUGAGCUUCAUAGAUGAUAAAAUGCCUUUGGCUGUUUUGGAUGAUACCCACAAAAUUUGGACAGAAAUCAGUCGUAAACGGAAGCUAGAAAACGAGAAUAAGGAAAAACAAUCAGCCAAGAAAGCGAAACUUGCAGAGAGUCCGGCUAAAAACAAAUCAGAGGAACGUAAACGCAAAACCUCGGAAACACAAGAAGAAGUAAAGAAAUCCAAAAAAGAGACCUCAAAAAAAGCUAAAGUGGAACAACCAGAUAUACUAUUCUAUGAAGAUAAAAGUGCUGAUAAAAAGGCAGCCGCCAAGGUGGUAGAUAUUGUGGUCACACCAAAAACUGAAGAUAAACCCAAAGUCACCAAUACACCCAAACCCACACCCAAAUCAUUGGCUGGUGUGAGCAACUUCUGGACCACUGACUUAAAGGAUAUUUCAAAAACAGAAGAUUCCUCCGAUGAAGAGGAGAAUGAAGCUGAUCAAACUGCCAAUGAUGCCAAGAGUAAAAAGAAACUCACCGCUGCUGAGAAAUUCAAACAGCAACGCGAAGAAGAAGCCCGACUCAGGGCCAUUGAAGAGAAAUAUGCCGAUCCCACACAAUUACCAGAUUCCGUAGAUCAAUUUGAUAGGUUGGUGCUAUCAGAUCCGAAUAACAGCAAACAUUGGAUCAAUUACAUGGUAUUUCAUUUGCAAGCUGCCGAAAUCGAUAAGGCCAGGGCAGUGGCUCGUCGUGCUCUAAAAACCAUUACCUUUAGAAAUUCCGAAGAACAAAUCAAUAUUUGGGUGGCAAUGUUGAAUUUAGAAUUACGUUAUGGCAGCAAGGAGACCUUCAAUGACAUCCUCAAAGAGGCCUUAAUCUAUAAUGAGCCAUUAAAGAUUUACCUAAGGGCUGUGGAAAUAAUUACCGAUUCCAAAAAGACCCAGGACCUGAUAGAAAUGAUUGGCAUUAUAACGAAAAAAUUCAAAGCUGAACAGGAAAUGUGGAAGGUGGCUGCCAAUGCCUACUUCAGUGUGGGCAUGACAGAACGAGCUCAACAGUUAUUGCAUAAGGCAUUGGCCUGUCUGCCCGAAAGAGAUCAUGUCAACACAAUUGUUAUAUUCGCCAAUUUGAAUCACAAACAUGGUGAAAAUGAAAUGGCCCAAACACUAUUGGACCAGGUUGUUACCUCAUAUCCCAAACGCGUGGAUGUUUGGUCACAAUAUGUCGAUAUGUUGGUGAAGGCUGAUUUAAUUGAUUCUGCGAGAAACAUUCUGGAACGUGCUAUAGUGCAAAAGAUACCUCUACGCAAAAUGCGUACAAUCUUUAAGAAAUAUUUAGAAUUUGAAGAACGUUUUGGCAGCGAUGCCAAUGUCCAACGUGUGAAACAAUUGGCCAUGGAAUAUGUGAAAAAGAAUGAAAAUCUUUAAAGAAUAGAAUAUAUGUUUUUUAGGAAAUAAUUUUAGUUUUACAUUAUGCUUAGUGUAAAUGAUUAAAAAUAUAUAGAAAUACCUUGUGUUUUAGAGAAAA